AACAACACCGUUAUUGAUAUUUCUAACAAUAUUGCGGAGAAAAUCGUUAUAUAAGAAACAGUGCUACCGAUCAUUUAGGUCGGGUAUGCAUCGAGAACAAAGCAAGAUCGCACCGUCAAUGACAAAAUCUAUAAUUUCUAGCGGAUACACCAUUAUGCACACGAAAUGGCUCUGUGAAAGCUGAGAGAAACGUCGCAGGUUUAGGAUUUUUUUUUCAUCAACGAAAUCGUAUCACUGCGUCGCGUUCGGAGAGCAGUUUGGUUGUAAUAGAGUGAAAAUGAUUGUCCGGAAUUUGAUAUAAAUUUGCGUUAAUGACAUUGUGACGCGCGGUGUAAAAUCAAGGCGAUGACAACUGAUGUAUCGCCAGAGUAGCAAAGGGACAGGUGCAAGUGGUGAGUGUAUGUAGGAAAAUCUAUUGUCUUUGUGGAAAACUAUAACGUCAUGUGAUUUCAACGGCUUAUCGACAAAAGCAUUUCACUGCUGCAACUCGUUGUAUACAGAGUAGAUGUUAAAUUUACGUGCACCUGAACGGUUUGUCAAAGCGCGCGAGCUGAUCGCGUGCAGAUUGGACAUUUACUUUAAAACAAUGUAAAUAGGAAACGAGCGCUAUAUGUAUUAUUAAUUGAAUUGUAUACUGUGUAAGAGCACGAAGGAGGAAAUAUUUGAUGAUGUUAGAAUAUACACCUGUUGUUUCAUACAUCGAUUCUGGUCGUCUGCUGGAUUUAAGCAUAAAUUAAAUGAUAUAGAAAGAGUCGCCAUUCUGGUUUUAAAAAAGAAUUGUUUGUGACAGAAUCUGAUUUUAGAAUUUCACUGAGAAGUUUUCUGCUGUGAUUCGGAACAUUGAUAUAUAUCAACAUUAACGCAAUACAAGCCGUUUGCGUAAUUUUAAGCCUUUUCUCUGUUAUCCGUCAUUUUCAACUUAUCGCGACGGACAGAAAUUCAUGUUUAAUGUAAUUGAUGGAUGUAUUUUUUUCAUAAUUUGCCAUGAUAACGAGGAAAAAUUUACCAGAAAUUACAAUUGCCUAGAGUAAACACUUGAGGCCAUGCAGAAAGGUAUUCGGUUUAACGAAACUCAACUGCAAUAUCUGGCAGCCAAAUCCCGCCGAGAGAAUACCAUCUCCGGGUACCUGCACAAGCGCAGUAGUGACACGGGGAAAUGGCAACUUCGGUACUUCGUAUUGUACCAAAACUUACUAUUUCACUUCGAGAGCGAAUCAGCUCAAAAACUCUCUGGGGCUACUCUAUUGGAAGGAAGUUAUUGUGAAAGGGUGCUGAAUCCGGCCGCACUUAAAGCCGUCAAAGACACAGAAAAACAGAGUCUCCCGAAACACUGGGCCGGAUUAUUUCACAAGUUAGAGUAUUGUUUUACUAUAACUUACAAGAGCCAAAAAAAUGAGAUAACCAGGCAGAUAGACUUCCGCUCGGACACCGAGGCAGAGUGCAAUGCCUGGAUCGACCAUGUCAAGCGGGCUCCGUACAGCAAGGUGCUUGAGCAGCGAGAGGAGCUAGAGCAGAAACACCUUCACCUCCUGCAGAUACUGGAGAGUGAGCGGCAGGCUAAGUGGCACUAUGUCCAACAGACGGAGGAACUGGCCACGUCAGUCAAAGAACUGCGGGCAGAGCUUCAAAAAUACAAAAAAGAGAGAGUGUCCACCACCAAGGUAGAUGAAGAGACAGAUGAAAUUAAAAAAAUCAAAAAGGUUCAGAGUUUCUUCCGUGGUUGGUUGUGUCGAAGGCGAUGGAAACAAAUUGUGGAGCUGUACAUCCGUUCUCCGCACGCGGAGAGCAUGAGGAAGCGGAACAGCAUCGUGUUCAGUAUGGUGGAGUGUGAGGAGGAGUACAAUCGACAGCUCUCCACCCUCGUCACCUGUUUUCUCCGCCCACUAAGAAUGGCCGCCUCCUCCAAGAAACCACCGAUUACCCAUGAGGACGUCAAUUCUAUUUUCUUGAACAGUGAAACCUUGCUAUUUUUACAUCAAAUUUUCCUGAAAGGACUUUGUGCUCGACUAGAAAACUGGCCCACUUUAGUUUUAGGAGAUCUGUUUGAUAUGCUGCUCCCAAUGUUGUGUAUAUACCAGGAAUAUGUUAGAAAUCACCAUUAUAGUCUUCAAGUUCUGGCCGAAUAUAAACAACGACCCGAGUUUAAUACUCUUCUGAAACGCUAUGAAGAAAAACCCAUGUGUGAGAAUCGUACAUUGGAGAUCUUUCUUACAUAUCCUAUGCAUCAGAUCCCUCGCUACAUCAUCACCCUUCAUGAGUUGCUGGCCCAUACCCCUCAUGACCAUGUGGAGCGAAAAAGUCUGGAGUUUGCUAAGAGUAAGCUGGAGGAACUCUCUAGGAUUAUGCAUGAUGAAGUGAGUGAAACAGAGAACAUCAGAAAGAACCUGUCCAUUGAGAGGAUGAUCAUUGAGGGCUGUGAUAUCUUACUGGAUGUCAAUCAAACGUUUGUCAGACAAGGUCCCCUAAUCCAGGUCUUUAAUGAGAAGAGUAAGUCGAGUUGGAGCCGCAUUAAGGAUCGCAGGGAGAAGGAAGUCAUUUGCCAGGUGUUCCUCUUUACCAAUCAUAUGCUCCUGACAACUCGGGCAUCCAAUGGCAGGCUUCAUCUAGCCAAAAUUUUGCCUAAAAGGCAGCACUAUGGGAAGAUCCCACUUAUAGACUGCACUCUGAUUGAAGAUCCAGGAGCGGAGCCCUUUAUAAAUGACCCGGACACAUCUUCAUUAGACUCUAUAGACAGUCUGCGUAGUGCUGGAUCUGUUAACACCCUGAUACAACCGAGCGAAAAAGAAACCCGCACCGAUUACAAUGGACUAGACUUCAAGAUCAUCGUGGACACUAAAAGCGGCAACGGAACGUCAAUUACACUAGUAGCAGCCACACGGCAGGAAAAGCUAGCGUGGUGCUCCGAUAUCAGUCAGUGCAUAGAGGAUCUACACUACAGUGAUCUCUUGAAUACCUCAAUGAGUGAAUCAUCCUCAGUCACCAUGCCUCAAUCUGUCAGAUACAUCCACAGCACUCAGAUAUGGUCAGAUCGUAGACUGUUUCUGGAUGAUGUGGACAUCAAAUUCAGCCGAACUCUCAACUCCUGUAAAGUACCACAGAUUCGACAUGCCAGUGUAGAGCGUCUUUUGGAUCGUCUGACAGACCUCCGAUUUUUGAGCAUCGACUUUUUAAACACAUUUCUCUUGACAUACCGAGUGUUUACUGAUGGUAAAACAGUUCUCGAGGCUCUGAAGCGAGUCUACAAAAACCCAGAGAGUGGAAACCUCGAGUCAACCCUGGCAUCUUGCCAGUCCCAGUCUGAAACCAACCUGUUUGCUGGUGGAAGCCCUCCUCAAGAAAUCUCGGGGGAGCUGCCCAAAAACACAACUCACCUGGUGAAGCCGUGCCCAGACAACCGCCGAAUCAGCACCGGGAGUAUGCCAAUCUAUGAGACAAGGCUUCCCAAGCUGACUCAGGAGUCUUUUGCUGAAUCAGAAGAGGAAUCAUCUGGGGACACUGGUGAGAGUGAUGACGCACCAGACACUUCAGCCCUCGUAAUCCCUGGGGCCCAGACGCUAGCUCCUCUUGCCAUCUCAGAGAACCUGAGUGAGAAUGAUGUCCAAGGAAUUAUCUUGCCUGACUCCCUGCGCGGUGAAUCCACAGCUGAUAAUUUUGACGAGCUGUACAAAGCAGACACAACUGUAGCCACCACUGUCUCAACAAGCUCAUACACACUCAAGUCCACUACUAGCUCCGACACCCUGACCCCAGGAACCAGUCCAAAACCCUCCCCCAGGGUCAGUCCAAGGGUGGUGGUCAACGACCAGUCCUGUCAGACCAAUGGAAUGAGGUCACCCAGCCCUCGACUUGGUGUUAAGUCGGGCUUCUCCGGAGAAUCCUUGUUGGAGUCGUUGUCCCAGAUCAUAUCUCCGACCUCGCCUAAAUCAUCCAAGCCGAUCCGCAUACCUUCGCCGUCAUCUAGAAGUGGACCUACCUCUCCAACGUUCAACCUUCCGUCGUCCCCACUUCAUGGACGUACCUCUCCACUGCUUCGCCACACGCCACGAUCUCCUAGUCUCAGUCCCAAGCAUCCACGACGUACGCCGUCCCCGAUGAGUCCCAGCAUGUCGUCCCCUAACAUCAUGACACCCCACAAAAUCAAGCAACCUUUUCUGGGAACUCGUGGAAGCCUAGAGGCAGAGUCCCUCAUCACAAACACUCGUAGCUGUAGCCUGGUGUCCCAGAUAGAGGGCUCCCCUCCCUCAGCCAAGGCAGGCGUGGUGGUCAGCUCCCACCGCAAGUCCAAGAGGAGAGCUACCUGGACCAGUUUUAGCCCAAUGUUCUGGUCCAGUUCUUCUGCUGCAGUGGCUGCUUUUGCUGCAGCAACAGCUGGCUCAGUGACCCCAGACCAGCAACAAGCACAAGGUCGUCUGCAGCAGGUCUCCAUGGCAACAGGAGGUCAGCAGACGGCACAACAGAAACAAUCACAAUCCUCUCCUCGCUUUCUUACCUCAGAACAAUCAAGCAGAGUGGUUAAGAAGCGUGAGUCUGUGAUCAGCACUGCUGCUACCAUGAGAGUCCUGAACAUCAUCAAGCACUGGGUCUCCAAGCACCAGCAGGACUUUGAGUGUGACAAGGAACUUAAAGCAGCAGUGGUCGACAUGCUUCAGGAGAUGGCCUGCAACACAAUGCUGAACCCAGCAGAACACAAGGUGGCCCUAUCGUUGCUGAGAACAAUAGCUAAAGACUCUGCUGAACAGAAGAACAAAGUGGACCUGGAGAAGUUACUGCAGCCACCAGAGAUUUCUACAAAAGAAAACUUUGACACCCUGUCAGCAAUGGACAUAGCUGAGCAGUUAACCUUUCUUGAUCACAAGAUCUUCAUAAGCAUUCGCAGCGAGGAGUUACUUGGUCAGACCUGGAUGAAGUCAGAAAAGUCAACAAAAGCUCCCCAUGUACUGCUGGUCAGCAAGCGAUUUAAUGAAGUCAGCCGAUUGGUUGUCUCGGAGGUAGUAACUCGCACUGUGCUUCAGGAGAGGGUGGCCUGUAUUGAGAAGUGGGCAGCGAUUGCAGACAUUUGUCGGUGCAUGAACAACUACAAUGGCGUCCUGCAAAUCUGUGCAGCGUUUGUCAACAGCUCUGUGUAUCGAAUGAAGAAGACCUGGGAAAAAGUUCCAAAAUCAACUAAGCAGACAAUAGAAAAGCUUCAAGAUUUAGUGUCUUCCAAUGGAAGAUUUAAGAACAUGAGAGAUGCUCUGCACAGAUGUGACCCUCCCUGCAUUCCCUACCUUGGGAUGUACUUGACAGACCUGUCAAUUAUUGAGGAGGGCAUACCUGGAAACACAGAUGAAGGGCUCGUUAAUUUCUCCAAAAUGAGAACGAUAGCACAUGUGAUUAGAGAGAUUCGGCUUUUCCAACAGACACCUUAUAAGAUAGAACACAUUCCAAGAGUGACCAAUUACCUGCUGGACGCUAAUCGUCUCCUUGACGACGACCAAACAUACCGGGCUUCCCUGGAGAUCGAACCCAAGCAGUCUCGUUUGUCCAACGUCUCAAUCAAUCCGUCCUGACGGAACAAUAUCACUGGGACUUCCAUUGGAAAAAGCCAAUCAGCAAAGGGCUUUUACGGGGGAUCAGGAUUCCCUUUCAACGACCCAUUCCAGACUCUUUCUUCUGUGGUUGUCAAGGCAUUCCAUGCAUAGUGGAGAAACAUCGAAGAUAGGAUGUAGCUGUUGUGAAUUUAAGGUGUUUUAAAAGGCUUUUCAGAUUGCAUUUUGAUUGAUUUUAAGAUGUGCUUCACAUCCAAGCAUUGCGUAUGGCAUCUUCUGUUGGUAAAAACCGGUGACUUUCCAACUUUGUCUGAAGUACCAAAUUAACCAGAAAACUCAAUGAUCUUGGAUAAUUCUUUUUAUUUAUACCCCAAAAUGACACACCAUCAACUGUGAUCAAUCAGAUUUUUUAGGAAUCACCAUGGAGACACAUUUUAUCACACAAGAUGAAAAGACAAAAGGAUAGCUGAGUGAUUUUUUUCUGCAAUCUCUGUGAGCAAAGCGAGUCCAGGUUGUUGUGUAUGUCAACAGUGAUCUCAUUCGAUUUGAUGUUCGUGCCAUGGUGAUGAGGCAAUUUGUGGCGUCUCUUGUCUGUUUUCAGCUGUAGUUAACCAGUUGUUGUCAUGUCCAUAUAGUCUCACUUGAUAUUCUAUUUAUUAUAUACUUGUUAUAUUUCUUUUACAGUUUUGACACUGCAUUUGUGAAGAUUAACACUUGCUUUAGACUUAGACAAAGUUAUUCAAUUUCUGGAUUUGAAUUGUUUGAUUUUGGUUUGUAAGGCUGUCUGAGAUUGGAGCACAUUUGACCCUGAGUGGUGUUUAUGUUGUGUGUCACGUUUUCUAACAUUUAUAAUAUUUGUAGUAGAUAACUUGUAUUGGAAAAUUUUAUAUGCUAUUUCCUUUCAGUUUUGGAUGCACUAACUAAAUCUUAACUAAGAUAACAAAUUGUAAUUGGUGUCUUUGGUAAUUGGUUUGAAAGAAAAGUUUGGCAAUGCUCUUUAAAUAUUUUCUCCAUUGAAAAUUACAUUCCAGUAUUAUGAUCACCAUACCCCAAAACUUUAUUGGGUCAUUCCAGAUCUGGGCUGAUUAGCUAUCUGCAUUUUACUAAACCGAUGCAAAACUUUUUAAGUAUGAAAACCAAAGAGCUGAAUUAUGUAUAUACACAAAGAGUUUGCUCUCAAAUAUAUCUAAGAACCACAAAGACUGAAUCAAUGUGAUACAAAGCUAACAAAUUUUAUUUUAAUUACACACCAACUUAAACCAAACACAACAUUUGACCUGCAAAUAAGAAAUGCUUUAACCCCAUGAAAUUGUUAUCAAUGAUAAACACAAAUGUUAUGUCAGCAACAAAUUUUUAUAACAAGUGUAUUAAGUGGUAAAGAACACUUUUGGAGCAUUAUUAUAAUAUGAUAUUACUGUAAAAAGCAAAAUUGGAAUCAAUUUUAAGUACCAGUAUGUUGGGUAAAGAACAAUCUCCUCUGGUUAUGGAUGGGAGAGAAAAUUCAGAGUUUUAAAAACUUUAGACAAAAAAUUACAUGUAUAUAUUUAUAUGGUUGUUUAAUCCAUGUUUUCUAAGACAAAAUCGUUUAAAUUGGUGGUCCAAGCAAUUCCAUUCCCCAAAGCAGUGUACACACUUUUUCAGACUUAUUAUUGUUGUGCUUUUUCUCUAGCCCUUCCGGAAGCAGCCUAUAUUAUUAUUAGUUGAAUGAAUGUACUGUUUUUAUCUGACAUGACACUGUUUAUAUAUCUUCCCUGUCAACUGUUACUAUAUAUAUUUAAUUCUAUUAAAAUCUUUCUUUACAAA